AAUUCUAUAUAAUAACAAUCUCAAGUUUUUUCCAUUGAUUCAGUUUUAAUAUAUAUGAUUGUCACAAUUCCUAACUGCAGAUUUUUACUCACAUGAUUCAUUGAAAUCAUUGUUUUCUCAGCUGAUCCUGCAGGCAUACACCUUCAGAUAACUGGCAUUUUAAUGUUUAUUGAUUCUGAUGCAUAACAGUAUUUGCAGCCACCCACACAGCCUGCCACCUACCCCCAAGGAAAUCUUGUGUCUAACAUUUGACAACUUAAAAUUGCAAAACUAGAAAACAUCUACUAUUAUUCAUUUGUUUUUGUUUUAUUUUGUCAUUAUUUUUAGUGCAGACAUAUAUGAAUCUGUCUCAUAAAAGUACCUUUACUGUGGUUAUAAUUUUUUUUUUACAAGUAACUGUUGUGUGGUUUGUCAUAUCCAAGAAUGCACCUUAAUCAUUCAAUAUACAGUUGUUUUUCCAGGAACACAACCCAAUCUUAGAACAAGGGGUACCUGCAUAAACAUAUAUUUUCUCUGCAUAAUGGUGUACAGGAUUUUUGCCUCCUAAUAUGAAACCAUACAAUUUCUUCCAUCAUCAUGAUCAGUAGUGACCCUGUUUUUUGUAGAUAGUGUUUGGAGUUUCUAAAAAGCAAUGUGACCAUUCUGAAAAGUGUUCUAGGCAAUGACAGUACAGGGAAGCCUUGUCCAUAUCUUCUCCUUUUAGUACAAGUGUUGUGUCCCUCAUAGUUGUAUUUUUUAUAAUCUGGGAUAGAAUACAGAAACAUUCAUUAUUAGUCCCAUGUUGAAAGGAUAGGAUUAUGUCUUCACAGUAUUGUAUGAGAUGAAGUGAAUUUUUCAGCGAAAUGUAGUAUUGCUUCAUAAUGAUGUAAUGAUACUUAAGUGAAGUGUUUUCUUCAGUCCCUUGAACUCAGUUGACUCCUUAGUCUUUGUCUCAGUACUUAUCUUAAACCUGUACUGAUCUUGCGUUUAUCAUUAAGUACUUAUUAGAUAGGAGUUUCCUAAACAAUAUUGCUGAUAGGAGAGUAAUUAUUUGGUAUCUAUCUUUAUGAUAGUUUAUUCAUUGCAGGUUUGAGUAUUAUGUAUCUUGUAUAUGUAUAUGUAUGUGAAAUGUUAUUCUUAAAAUAGUUGCUUUGUCAUAUCAGAGAUCACUGAUAUGUUAUCUAAUACUAUCUGUUUUGGGUUGAAGUAGCCAGCAGCCUUGUCAACAGUGUCUGUCAUAUGUGGGAGAGACAGUGUUCUGUGUUAUGUCAUGAUAUACACGUGACAGAGACCAAUGGCUGCGUCAUAGAGUGCUCCAGCAGGCCCACCACCAGCACUACCACCACCCUUUCACUAUAGCCGGGAUGCACAGCGGCAGCCUCUUGCCAACACAGCACCCCAGCCCUGCCACAAUAUCCCUGUGGAUGCUUCCUAACCCUGCUCUCAAGGGGUGCCACGUGCGCCUCUACUCCAGCAAACCACCCCCUGUGCCUUCCUCUUCUGUGGAUGAAAAUCAAAAUGAAACUAAGAUGCCAUCUGCUAAAGAAGAAAAGGAACCAAGAAAAGUGGGAAUGACCACAUCCUCAGAGGACUCCAAGGCUGAGGAGAAAAUGUCCAUUGUGCAGAAAUUCAAGCUGAUGUACAAACAGUACUGGUAUGUGCUGAUCCCAGUGCACGUGGUGACCUCUAUCGUGUGGUAUGGCUCCUUCUUCAUCGCAGCAAAGAGUGGUGUUGAUAUAAUCCCACUGAUGGAGAAACUUGGAGCUGGAGAAAAAAUUAUGUCCCACCUGCAGAGUAGCAAUGCCGGCUACUAUGCAAUUGCCUACGCCAUGUACAAGAUUGCCACCCCAGCAAGAUACACAGUCACUGUUGGAGGAACAACAAUAUCCAUAAACUACCUGAAAAAACGUGGUUACAUUAAGCCUGUGCCAUCCUCUGAGCAGCUCAAGGAGAUGUAUGAAGGUAAAAGGGAGGAGUUCAUUGAAAAGAAAGAUGAGAUUGUGGAAAAGUAUCAGGAAAGGAAAGGAGAAAUAGUUGAUAGGUAUCAGGAGAAGAGGGAAGAAUUCAGAGAUAAGUAUCAAGAGACAAGGGAAGAUAUAAAGGAGAGAUACCAGGAGAAAAGAGAGGAAUUUAAAGGAAAGGUUACAGAAAAAAGGGAUGAAUUUAAAGGCAGACUAGAGGAGAGGAGAGAUAAAUUGGCACAGCUAAGAGAUAGUAUGAAGAAAAGGUGAGGACUCCUCCUUCAAUAAUAUUCUGAUGAUUGUUAUAAAGUUAUGUACAGCAAUGACAGUAACUGUGAUGAUGGGAAGUGUUUUAUGUGGUAUCGGUUCGUCUGACAUGCUGCUGAGUCAUCUUGGGGCUGUUGGUAGUGCUUGUUUGUGUGUGUCUACAGUAGGAGCAGGGGAGCAAGGAAGGACUUGGUGCUUUUGCAUUUGUUGUGAGGACAGCAGGCCAGAUUACUUUUCUGUGAUCUCAAGACUAUACUCAUGGUAAGAUUGCUGACUGCCUUGUAGUGCUUGGCUGGUCCUUUGGGAUACAAGCUGUUUGCUCUCUCAUCCAAAGCUGAAACUACACAAGGACAUUGAUCACAGCUGUAUUUUAUUUCCUUCUGUUUUAGUAACAAGUUUCUUUAUUGAUUGUACAGACAUUUGCAUUCAAGGCAUUAUUUAAUAUCUUGUCAAGAUUAAUUAAUUUCAACUAAGAAUGCUUUAGACUUAAUACAGCUUGUUAUGGAGACUCAUUGAUUGAAUUUAACAUGUGGAUGAGACUGGCAAUCACUCAAAAAUAUUUUUGCCAUUGACACAUGUGACACUGAGUGAAUAUAAAACCUUAUAUAGUUAUACUUGAUUUUUUUAUUUUUUUAUAGUAAAAUUAUAUUAAGUCUUCAAAAGUAAACAAAGCAAGCUUUUUGACACCCUGGAAGUCAGGUGAGAUGUUUUUUUCUCUUUGUCUUUGUAUAUCCAUGUAUACAUGCUCAGCUUUUCCCUGUGAAUAUUCUACUAUCACAGAAGGGAGUAAAUGUUAGGUUGAAUGGCCCGGGUUCAUUCAUCACACGAACAAAUUAAAAUAACGGGAAUGAAUUUUUUAGGUUUAUUCCAUUUUCUUUUUUAGCCUACGUUAACACAGUCAAAGAUGAAGGAAGAUACCCAGAAUAGAUGCAGCCCUGUUGAUAUAAGCACAAAAUAUAUAAAGAAAGCCAAUAUUAUCCUGCUAACACACACCACAAAUAUUCAACAAAUGAGUAAAAAGCACAGAUAUAUAAUUUAAAGCUACUUCAAGUCAAGUCAGAGUUACAAGAGAAAGUAAUAGAUAUACACAGACGCUGUCGGUCGAAUAUGACAUGCCGAAAUACACAGGCAAGCAAAACAUGAAAACUACAAACAAACAACAACCCCCCACACACACACACAAUGGAGAGGUCCCAGAUUCAGUUCUCGAGCAGAGUCGAGACAGAUGGAUUGUCUCCUUUAAUCCCUGCCCUUUGUCCACCAAUACCGGGUGUCAAUCUAAUGUUCAUUUGGAACGGGACCUGGCAGGGGAUUGUGAGGUCAGAACAUUUUAAGACCAUGGUGAGUUACACACACACACACACACACACACACACACACAUAUAUGGAAACGGGACAGCGCGAGCGUAGCUCUUUUCCCGUAUGUCACAACUAGGUAAAUACACACAUGUGAAGGAGUGGAUAGCUAUAUGAGUCUGUUUGCUGAUGAUACUAAGAUAAUGAGAAGAGUGGAAAAAGAGAACAUCUUGCCGCUCCAGAGAGACCUGGACACAGUGUGGGAGUGGAGCAGGAAGUGGGAAAUGGAAUUUAAUACCAAAAAGUGCAGUGUUAUUAAAUUUGGAAAAAGUGGAAUGAGAGUAGAGGGACAUUAUAAGUUGGGUAAGGAUAAGUUAGACAAGAAGAAAGAAGAAAAAGACCUUGGAGUGAUGAUCACAGAAAACUUGUCUCCAGAAAGACAUGUGAAUAAAAUAUCAGCUGAGACAUACAACCUGCUGAGGAACAUCAGAGCAGCAUUCACAUACCUUGAUGAGGACAUGGUAAGGAAAUUAAUUGUGACCUUGAUACGCCCUAGACUAGAAUAUGCAUCAGUGGCUUGGUCGCCAUCACUUAAGAAACAUGUUAGAAAACUGGAGAGGAUACAGAGGGCAGCAACAAAAAUGGCACCUAGUCUGAGCGACCUGCCUUAUGAAGAAAGAUUGCUGAGGCUGAACCUCCCUACAUAAGAAAUUAGAAGAGAAAGAGGAGAUUUAAUAGCGGUGUAUAGGGUGAUGAAUGGUCUUGAGAAAUUGGAUAGAGAUGACCUUUUGAUAAGAGAAGAGAGAAACUUGAGAGGAAAUGGAAAACUGUUGAGAAAAGGAAUUUGUAGAAGAGACAUCAAGAAGAACAGCUUCCUGCAGAGAUGUGUUGGGGUCUGGAAUGGGCUGGAGAGGGAAGUGGUGCAGGCUAAGUCAAUAAGUGCAUUUAAGGCCAAAUUAGACGGAAGUAGGUGGAAAGACGGGACAGCACGAGCAUAGCUCCGUUCCUGUAAAUCACAACUAGGUAAAUACACACACACACACACACUCCGGUAGCUCAAUCAGUUAGAGUGUCGCACUGCAAGGCUUCACAGCCAAACAGGCGAUGGUUCAAGCCCUGCUCAGGCCGGAUUCUUUCCAUUGACUAGGAGUGGUUACUGUCCCCUUGCUGGGGGGUGUGGUGUGUGAGGUCCUGGCGGUACCCAGAGGUCGACAAUAAUGAGCACUUGCUCACGUCAAGAGGGUACCUGCUGGCGAAAGCGAGUCCAACUCGUGAUCAGGCCGUGGUGACACACACACACACACACACACACACACACACACACACACACACACACACACACACUUUGUAUGGGAUAGGGAGAACAUGAGAAGAAACUAAAGAGGACAACAUGCAUUUCAAGAAAUAAUUUUACCUGUAAAUUCACUUAACAGUGAAACUGCCUGGGAUGGAGAUUGUCCAGUCCAAAACCUCUAAGACUCACCGAUUGAGAUACUGAGACAGAACAGACAGUGUGUGUGUGUGUGUGUGUGUGUGUGUGAGACAUUCACCAUGGUCUGAUUAUAAGCAUGACUCAAUUACCAUGCAAUACCCUCCCUGAGUGAGCUUUAAGCUCAUGGGAGAUCUUUGGGUAUGGCUAGAACCUUGCAUCACCCCACACAUACCCAGAAGUAGUACACAACUCCUAACUGACACCCAGUACCCAUUUACUGCUGGAUAAACAUGGGCAUGGAUUAAAGGAGACUGCCCAUCCAUCUCAUGUCUGCUUGGGAAAUGAACAUUGGACCUCUCAGUUGUGAAGCAAAUGUGCUAACCACUGAAGUACAGAGCUACAUGUGUGUGUAGGUGGGGAGUAUUGUGAGUGGCCAUAGCAGUGAGAUUGUGAAUCAACAUGCCAUGCAGAUGUCUUCAGAGAAAGAUAUAUUAAGUAGCAAAUGUUAGACAAAUUUUACUAUGCAUUUCAAGCAGUUAUUUUCUGUUCUGCAUCAAACUUUGUUUCUUUUUUCCAUUGAGAUUGUUUUAUAUACUCAUGUUAGAGUUUUUGUAGUAAAUUGAAAUGGGAUCUCCUAUGACUCCAUGUGAUUCCUGCAAGUACCAUUGGUCUAUUGACUGGCCUGUACUCUGGGACAAAGUGCUGUGAAGUGAGGGAGGGCAGGGAUGGGGCAUGUCCAGUUUCUUUCCCAUGAACAUGUGAGUGAAGCAGGGCUGUGUCCUGCCCCAUCACUUUUCAACACUUGCAUGGACUGGGUAUUAGGCAGAGUAGUGGAUCAAAGUUAUUGUGGAGCAUCUGUUGGCAAUACCAGGGUCACUUAACUUAUUUUUUUGAUGAUGCAGUAAUCCUUGUGGAGUUACUGGAGGUUCUGUUGAGGGCUCUCAAGGUCCAUGGUGUUGUGGAGAUGCUCAGCUUGAGUAUUUGAUGUUAUCAAUAUUUGUGCAAAUGGACAAAGGUCCCUGUCUUAAUCUAUGGCUUUGAAACAUGGACACUGAAUAGUGAGUUGAAGAGGUGGAUUGAUGCCUUUGGUAAUAACUGUCUAUGCAGAAUCAUGGGAUAUUGCUUGAAUGACUGUGUCAGGCCAGUGAUUACUCCGUGAGACCGAUUCAUAUGUCGUGACUCGUAAAUGCCAGCUCCGGCUAUACAGGCAUGUGGCAUGCCACCCAUAAUCCAACCCUGCUCACCGGAUAGUUUCUGUAAGAGACAACCCCAGGUGGAAGAGGUCAAGGAGAUGCCCACAGAGUUUAUAGAUUGAGCAAGUCAAUAGAUCCUGUCCUGAGUACGAGGUACUCAGGAUGGAAAGGGGGCCUAAAUAGAGACUUGUCCAGAGGAAUCCCCAGGAAUGGCAUCAUAGAGUGGCCGAGGCAACACGCCCCCUGGCUUGUGCCCCCAGUGAUUGAUGAACUAGAGAGGAAGUAGCACAGUCUGCUGGGAACAUGCAAGCUUAUGUUUUGCAUGAAACCAUCUAUUUGUAUUUUAACUCAAAUUUUAUACAAAAUUCAAGUUAUAACUGCAGAGCCAGUCACAGUAUAAUUUUCAAAUUUCACUAAUAUUGUGAAAAAAAUAAUCAUAAGUUAUAAAAAGUAAUUCUUCAUUUUCAUAUUUUUCUUCCUAAGUUGAGUAAGUUUUCCAACAGCCUGAUGUGUGCAAGACAUUUUACCACGCAGGAAACAAAGCGCAUAAGUUUGACCUGAAAUUGUUUCAUUGAGAAUGAUUCAGAACAAGGCGUUGGUAAUGAGUUAGGCCACUGACUUCGUUAAGUUGUCCGUAAACUAAAAAUACAUUAUACACAGCUUAGUUUGUUGUGCAGACAAUAGAAAAUAUUGACAUGAAGGAAUAGGCUCAGUAAUAUGUUGUAAAGUAGUAUGUCAGUGUUUGCAUUCUUUAUGCUCUAUUCAUCCCCUAAAAGGGAAUCAAUGAAGGUAUCUUCGUUGUGUUGGUGGUGGUGGUGGUGGUGGUGUCGGUGUCUGUCAGUGUGUACCAUGCUUUGUCAGAUUUCCAAACUCUGCAGAGCUUGCUUGGCAAAAUUCUAACCCUGAAGGAUCAUAUUUAGUGUGUGUGUGCGCGCGGGCUUGCCCGGUGUGGCGUCGUCUGCUAUCUCGUGUCGUGAGACAUCCCAUCCUGAACUGCGCAUCGCGGAACCCAAUCUUUACUAUCCCAGAGUAACUAAGUGAAGCAUCUAAGUUUAAAAAAAGUACCAAGGAGGACCUAAAAAGCGAUGCAAAGCGAAACAAGUCACAAGAAGAAGAAGAGUGAUUGUUGAUAUCCUAGUUAUACACAUACAUACUUCAUUUUCUUUUAAGAUAAUAUAAAUAAACUUGGGUGAGACAGAUCCCGACAAGCAGUCGACAAAGGGCACGGUACCGUGUCGAAAUUCACCCACCCUGUGUACGUAUUCAGGAUGGGAUGGACUAUGACGGAGGGAUGAGAUUUGACGCCACACCGGCGCCGGCGGGAAGGGUGCUCGCGC